UGACCUCAUCUCAAAUGGCCCCGUAGGGCAACAAGGAUGGUUAGUUUUGACCGUGCUUAUUUGUGCCAUAAAAUAUUGAUCCUAAUUGGCAGCUAUUUGGGCUUUUAUAUUUUCCGACCUCCCGUUUUUGAAACGUGGCCACUAAAUGAAGAGGUCCUGGUCUGGGAAGGCUUAUGCAUUCCUUCAAUUGGAUGGGGAGCUGGGACAGUGUCUCUGGCGAUAUUGAGAAUAGGAGGGAAUGUUGACCAGGGAGCACCGCUGCGGCCGUUCAGAGGAGCAGGAACCGGAGCCCGGGUUGAGUCCGAAAAAAGCCGGAUCCAGACGGUGGCUCCGGAACGGCUGGAAUUGGAAGAUGGAGGAGCCGGAGGAGCCGGCGGAGAGUGGGCAGUCGCUGCCUCCAGUUUACAUCUACAGUCCCGAGUAUGUCAGCAUGUGCGACUCCCUGGCCAAAGUCCCCAAACGGGCCAGUAUGGUCCAUUCUUUGAUUGAAGCAUACGCAUUGCAUAAGCAAAUGAGGAUAGUUAAGCCCAAAGUAGCCUCCAUGGAGGAGAUGGCCACCUUCCACACUGAUGCCUAUCUUCAGCAUCUCCAGAAGGUCAGCCAGGAAGGAGAUGACGAUCAUCCAGACUCCGUAGAAUAUGGGCUAGGUUAUGACUGCCCAGCCACAGAAGGGAUAUUUGACUACGCAGCAGCUGUAGGAGGGGCUACAAUCACAGCUGCCCAAUGCCUGAUUGAUGGAAUGUGCAAAGUAGCAAUUAACUGGUCCGGAGGGUGGCAUCAUGCAAAGAACCACACUGGCCUUUCAGCUUCUCAAAUAGGCCAAGGAAGUUCUUUCCUGCCUCAGAGCUUUUGCAAUGCUGUUCUCUCUGCCUGGAAGACUUCUCCAUCUCAGUAUAGAGAUGAAGCAUCUGGUUUUUGUUAUCUCAAUGAUGCUGUCCUGGGAAUAUUACGAUUGCGACGGAAAUUUGACCGUAUUCUCUAUGUGGAUUUGGAUCUGCACCAUGGAGAUGGUGUAGAAGAUGCCUUCAGUUUCACCUCCAAAGUCAUGACAGUGUCCCUGCACAAAUUCUCCCCGGGGUUUUUCCCAGGAACUGGUGAUGUGUCUGAUGUCGGCUUAGGGAAGGGACGGUACUACAGUGUAAAUGUGCCCAUUCAGGACGGCAUACAGGAUGAGAAGUACUACCACAUCUGUGAAAGUGUACUAAAGGAAGUAUACAUAGCCUUUAAUCCCAAAGCAGUGGUCUUACAGCUGGGAGCUGAUACAAUUGCUGGGGAUCCCAUGUGCUCCUUUAACAUGACUCCAGUGGGAAUUGGCAAAUGUCUUAAGUACAUCCUUCAGUGGCAGUUGGCAACACUCAUUUUGGGAGGAGGAGGCUAUAACCUUGCCAACACAGCUCGAUGCUGGACAUACUUGACCGGGGUCAUCCUAGGGAAAACACUAUCCUCUGAGAUCCCAGAUCAUGAGGCUUGAAUUCAGAGAUACAAAGACUAACAAGUAAACCCAGUGCCCACAAAAAUUUCACCAUCUAAUAACGGCAACAGAACAAUGUGCUCAAAUCCAGGACAGUUGGGGAGAAUAGAAGAAAUAUUUCACCAAGACUUUGAACCGAAUCUUGGAGGUUGAUUGGGAGUUUGCCAGGUGAAGAAGAGCGAAAGACAUUCUAGGCAAAGGGAACAAGGAUUGAAAAGGACCUGGUGCCUCACAGAACCAGUGAGAAGUUUGAUAUAGUAGUAGAACAUACAGUUUAUAAGGGAAAGUGGGAAGGACUAAGGCCUAAGUGAAAAUUGGAGGCAGAUUAUGAAGAGACUUGAACGCUGCACUACAGAGUUUAUUUAUACUUUUUUUUUCUGUGAAAACAGAGGAGCUUUAGUUUUUAGAAAGCUAACUCAGUAGCACAUGGAAGAUAGAUUGCAAAAGGGAGAGAUUUGAGAAAGGCAAACCUAUUAAGAAGUUCAAGUACACUCGUAUAACAUAGUCUAUAUCAUUCAUUUGGUAAUCUGUGUUCUGGGUGUCUGUAUUUCCCCUCAGUGCUUAACACAGUGUUAGCUACCUACCUUGGUGGUGUUCAUUCAUUGAAUGAACAGCUGAAUAAAUGAGUGUUUGAAUGAUAAGCAUCUCAACAUUCACAUUGGAAAACUUCUCUUUUUAAGACAGAAGAAUCAGAAACCUUUUACUGGAAAGGCUUCUAGUAGCAACUACCCAUCCUUUGCAAGAAGUACCAGGUAUCCCAGCUAUAGGAAACAUACAUGUCCAUGGGAAAACACUAGAUUGGCAAUUAAGGGAAAGGAAUGGAGAAGACAAGCCCAGCACAAAUAAUACAAGUCAUUAGUGGUGAUAUUUCAAUCAUAGUGCUCAUGAGCUAUACAACCAGUGAUGUCAUAAAGCCAGUGAUCAGGGAGAUACUCCCAGCUCAGGAAUUGGGGGACCAAGUUUGCCAGCCAGGCAUGGAAUAAGGAAGCAAUCAUAACUAGAAGAAGAUUUGGGCCCAGCUUGGAAAGCUGAGAGGAAGGAAACCUGCCCAUAUGCCUGGCUCAAGUAUGUCUACCAUAGAAAAAUCCCAAACGUGACAUGAGUUCCUAUAAAAAGAAGAGUACAUGGCUAAUUUAGCAAAUCACGCACUUUGUGUAAUAAAGCUUAUGGACUAUCAUAUAUAAGAAUGUUCUGUAAUCCAGUAAUACUAGUUGGACCCUAUGAUCCAGGAUAGAGUAUGGCAGUUAUGUUAUGUAAUGUAUUCAUAUAUACACAUGUGUAUAUGUAUUACAGAUAUAUCAGGUAUAUGUAUAUAUCUGAAUCAAGUUUAUUAACAAAAUUUAAUGAAUGAAAAAUAUUUACUUAACCAGACCAUUUUUGAUGGACUGGUUGUAUAAACUAUGCUCGACUCCUAUGAGGGAAUAUAUGUAGCCAUUGAAAAGAAUCAAGUAGAUUUAUAUACAAGUAUAUUACUGAUGUAAAACAGUCUUGCAGUGCAUCUGUAGAUUGCACUGAAUCUAUAGAUUGAUUUGGGGAGGAAUAACAUCAACAAUAUUUCAUCUUUCAAUCCAUGAAUUUGCUAUAUCUCUCCAUUUUCUUAAGUCUUUAAUUUCAAAUUUUCAUUUAUACUUUUCAGGGAACAAGUCUUGCACAAAUUUUGUUAUAUUUAUCCCUAAGUAUUUCAUGAUUUUAAUGUUAUUAAAAUGAUAUUUUUAAAUUUCGAUUUCUAAUUGUUUGUUGCUAGAAUAUAGAAACCCGAUUAAUUUUAUAUUGAUCUUGAAUAAAGUAUCAUUGCUAAACUCAUUAGUUAUAGUAGCUUUUUGUAGAUUCGUUAGCAUGUUUCAUGUAUACAAACGUGUCAUCUGUGAAUAAAGAAAGUUUUACUUAUUCCUUUACAAUCUUCAUGACUUUUAUUUCUUUUUCUUGCCUUAUUAUGCUGGUUGGAACCUUCAAUGUGAUGUUAAAUAGAUGUUAAAUAGAAGUGGUUAGAGCAAACAUCCUUGUCUUGUUCCUGAUCAUAGGGGGAAGCACUUAAUCUUUUAUGAUGAAGUGUGAUGUUAGCUGUAGGUUUUUUCAUAAAUGUUCUUUGUUGGGUUGAGGAAGUUCCCUUCUAUUCCUAAUUUACUGAGAGGUUUUCUCACAAAUGAGUGUUAAAUUUUGUUAAAUGCUUCUUCCUCAUCUAUUGAAAUGAUCAUAUGGUGUCCUCUUAUUCUGUUAAUACAGUAAAUUGCAUUAAUUGUUGCUUUUUUAAAUGUUAAACCUUGCAUUACUGGAAUUAGUAUCUUACUUAA